CGAGGAUGUCUCCCCCGCCACCAUCACCGGCCUUCGAGAUCUCGACCGAGAACCGCUUCGCCCCCUCUCCGCGAGACCAAACGCCAUACCGUGAUUCUUAGAGAUUCCAUCGUCCGGCAUGUUCGGCUACCGGAGCCAAAGUGCUCCAGUACAUGUGGUGCCUCCUCAGCAGUACUCAGUCCAUCCCACAGGAUUCAAUACAGGAUACACUCUACUCCCUGUACCUACUACCCCAACAAAUGGGAUGUUCUACUAUAACGAUCAGGCCGUGGACAACCAGACUCCAUUCCCGAUGGUCCCUCCACUGCAGCAACAUCCAUCUACCAAGAGGAAGAGGAAAACGAUCGUUGUCCGAGAUCCUAACCAGGACAACAAGGACAUCACGGAGGAGAUCAUUUCAGAAGCUGGCAGGAGUCGGAAGCCCACUCUGCCAGUGGGAAAUGUCUUUUCCGUCCCUAUGCCUCUGCAGGAUAAGCCAGAGCUCGCUUUCCAGCAGUCUGACUUUGACCUUGAGCCAGUCUCAACCACAGUCGAGAAUUCCAGUGUGUCUCUUGUGAUUGUGGAGCAUCUGGCUUCAGCAGAAACACCAGCAGAUGAGAUCGAAGCACAGAAAGCCGAGCCGCUGAAAUACGAACCCGCUUGUUCCUUCCUUAGAGCCAGAGAUGGAGAAUAAGAGGAUACAAUAUAGUAGAGACUUUCUUUUGAGCAUCCAGUUCAUGCCUGAUUGUAUGCAGAAGCCAGAGGGGCUUCCAUCCAUACCUGAUGUGGUGCUACACAAGACCACAACACAUCAACCGAUGCAGCUGCAGUGGUGCAUAAGCAGAUAUUUCCUGAUCUAUUGGAUAAUUGUCACAACUCAGGUGGUCAAUAUCCUCUGAUUCCCACCGUCAUGUGCAUCUGUGAGAGUGGCAGGUGUGGAUACUAUGGAGUGUCUCUGUCCUGUGAAAGUCACAUCGCCAACAAGAUCAUGACUGCUGUUUCCUGUCUUCAUGUCUGCCAUCCCAAAGUGGCCUCUGUUGUGAUGUCAGUGUUUCCAGAUGACUCUAGGGAUCCGGAACUUCCCAGUUGUGUUACCUCCUGGUAACUGUGCUGAGACUGAAGCCAGAAGUAAAUACUUGAUUGCUACAAAUAAUAUGGCCACAAUUUCCAACAGCCACCAGUUAAAACAUUUAGUACAAACAAUGACAGAUUACUUUGAUGGAUUAAUGACAGGAUGUAUGGAAAAAAGAUCUAAGGAAAACAGAAGUCGCUACAGCAUCAAACAAGUUUAUGAUGAUGAUACUAUAAAAGCAUUCAGUGUAAAUUC